CUCCGGCAUCCCGCCGGCGCCGCCGGACCCACGUGCCGCCGGGACGGGCCCGGGCGCUUCAAACCCCGUCCCGCGGCUGCCGGGACGGCGAAGCCCCGCGGGCCGGGGGCGAGGGCCGCCCCCCCGUCGCGUCGCGGCCGGGAAACCGCGCUCGGGGAGGGCCGGCCCGGGCCUGUUUGGGGGCAGAGCGGACGCUUUUAGCGCGCUCGGAAACAUUCAGCCGCCCGGGACGGAGCGAGGCGAGGGGGAACUCCCGGCGGCGUCCCACGGCGACUCGCGGCCGAAAGCCCCGGCCGAAACGUCCGGGCGGAGGAACGACCCGGCCGCGACGGGCGCCGGAGCCGUCGCCGGGAUCGGCCCCGGGGCCCGGGCGAGCGCGAGCUGCCCCCCGCCAUCCGGGCAGCGGACGCGCGGUGCCGCCGGCGACCGAAGCGUCGGCUCGUCGGCCGACGGGAGCCCGGCGCUGUCCGUGCGCCCAGGUUCAAACGGAGCCGCGCGUCGGCGGGGCGCGAGCUCCCCCCACGGCCGGGGGAGCACAGGACCCCCGUGCGCCGUGCGUCCCCCCCGUCGCGCAGGGCUCCCCGGCGAGCUGCCGCGAGCUGCCGCCCAGCCCCGGCUCUCCCCGGCGCCGGAGGAGGUGCGGGAAGAUGGGAGAAGGUCAGAUUUCAUUAUUAUUAUGAUUCGGAAAAACAACAACACGAUAAUGAAUCUCCCGCAGAACCGCUUCCCCGGGAGCUGCUGGCGGCGGCCGCCGGCUCCCCCCCGGCGAGCGCGCGGAGGGGGCGGCGGCGGCGGCGGGGCGUCGAGGCGGGCGCGGGACGGCGGCGAGGCCCCGCCAGUCCCCUCCGCGCGCCUCUGGUUUCAGUAACGCCGCCGCCGACCUCCUGACACGGCCAAGUCCUCCUCCGCCCCGGCCGGCUCCGGCGCCGGGGGCCCCGCGCCGGCCCGCGGGGGGACCGACCUCGCCGAGCCGCUUCCCGGAGCCGCCGCGUCCGGACGGCCUCCCCCUCCCGGGGCCGGCGCGGCCGGGGAAGGGAGCGAGACGCGGGCUCGGGGGCAGAGCCGACCCGGCCCCGCGCCGGCUCCCGCUGCCGGGCACAAGGAAUAAACAUGUCGGUAACGCGCCCCGGCGGCGCGGCACGGCGCGGCACGGCACGGCACGGCACGGCACGGCGGCUCCGGGCAGCGGCCCGGCCGGCCCCUUCCUGCCGCCGCCGUCUCCCUCUCCUCGAAAAGCGGGCUCCGGGGCGGAGCGGGAGGGAAAGGCCGCUCCCGAACCCGGCGCCGGUCUCCCGCUCCGGAGCACGGGGACGCCGGGCCGGGGAGAAAGCGGGAAUCUGCUUUCCGGUGCGGCCGCGCGACGGGAGGCUCCGCACGGCGGCCGUCCCGCGCGGACGAGCGGCGAUGUUUCGGUCACCUGAGCGGAGCGCGGCGGCGGGCGGGAGGUCUCGGAGACGGGCGGGCGCGGGGCCGGGGCGGCCCGGACGGCCUCGGCGUGAGCAGGACGAGCUCGGCCCGGCGCGGCCGGGAAGGCGCCGAGCGGCUGCCGGCGCGGAGGAGGUCCGAGCGGAGCAGAAACGGCACAAACGGGAGCGCGGGGCGGAAAACCGGAUGCCGUCGGCCACCGGGACGGCUCCAAACGCGAGCGAGACGGAGGCGGAAGACGCGGGACCGAGGGGCUUGGCGCGAGCAAGCCGGGGCGGCGCACGCGGGACGCUCGGCCUGGCGCGAGGUCUGUGCCGAGACGCUUGGCGUGAGGGGGAAUUUGGGGCCGUGCUGAAGGGGUCGGCGCCAAACCGUUGGCGCGAGCGCAGCGUUUAUGGACGGACCGAAGGGCUUGGCGUGAGCGAGCCAACUCGCGGGGGGUUGGCGUGAGCGGGACGGCACCGAAAGGUCUCGCGUGACCGUGACAUUUAGAGCCACGCCGAAGAGCUCGGCGUGAGCAUGAAAUUUCAGACCGCGUCGAAGGCGGCCGCACGAGCGGGAUGCCGGCAAAGGGAUCGGCAUGAACACGGCAUUUCGGGACGCACCGAAAGGGUCGGCGUGAGCGGGCCGCUGCCGAAGGGGCUGCUGCGAACGUGGCGGCCCGGACCACGUCGAGGGGUUGGCGUGAGCAGGACGCCGCUGGAGAAUUUGGCGCGAGCGGGACGCGGGCGAAGAGCUGGGCGUGAGCGCGGCGUUUCGGAUGCCGUCGGAGACGUUGGCGUGAACGCAACGUCUCGGGCCACGCCAAAUAGGUUGGCGCAAGCGGGACGCUGCCUAAAGGGUCGGCGUGAAGGCGACAUUUUGGGCCACGUCAAAGUGGUCGGUGCGAGCGGGAUGCUGCCGAAUGCGUUGGCGUGAGCGUGACAUUUUGGGCCACACCAGAGGUGUCAGCGUGAGCGGGACGCCACUGAAUGGGUCGGCGUGAGCAUGAUAUUUCGGGCCACGCCAAAGGGGUUGGCGUGAGCAUGGUAUUUCGGGCCACGUUGAAAUCAUCCGCGUGAGCGGGACAUUUUGGGCCGUGUCAAAAUGGUUGGCGUGAGCAAGACGCCACCAGAGUGGUCGGCGUGAGCACGAUAUUUCAGGCCACGUCAAAAUGGUUGGCGUGAGCGGGACGCCACCGAAGCGGUCGGCGUGAGCAUGAUAUUUCAGGCCACGCCAAAGGGGUUGGCGUGAGCAUGAUAUUUUGGGCCACGUCGAAAUGGCUGGCGUGAGCUGGACGUUUCGGGCCGCGUCGAAAUGGCUGGCGUGAGCGAGACGCCACCAAAGUGGUUGGCGUGAGUACGAUAUUUCAGGCCACGUCAAAAUGGUUGGCGUGAGCGGGACGCCACCAAAGUGGUCGGCAUGAGCGUGGUAUUUUGGGCCACACCAAAAUGGUCAGCGUGAGCGGGACGGCACGAGCGGGAUAUUUUCGGCCACGUCGAAAUGGCCGGCGUGAGCGGGACGGCACCAAAGGGGUUGGCGUGAGCACGAUAUUUCGGGCCACGUCGAAAUGGCCAGCGUGAGCGGGACGUUUUGGGCCGCGUCGAAAUGGCCGGCGUGAGCGGGACGCCACCAAAGCGGUCGGCGUGAGCACGAUAUUUCGGGCCACGUCAAAAUGGCUGGCGUGAGUGGGACGCGACCAAAGCGGUCGGCGUGAGCACGAUAUUUCGGGCCACGUCGAAAUGGCCGGCGUGAGCGGGACGUUUCGGGCCGCGUCGAAAUGGCUGGCGUGAGCGGGACGCGACCAAAGCGGUUGGCGUGAGCACGUUAUUUUGGGCUACGUCGAAAUGGCCGGCGUGAGCGCGACGUUUCGGGCCACGCCAAAGGGGUUGGCGCGAGCGGGACGUCGCCGAAGGGGUCGGCGCGAGCGCCACGUUUCGGGCCGCGCCGAAGGGGUUGGCGUGAGCAGGCCGUCGCCGAAGGGGUGGGUGGGCGUGAGGGCGACGUUUCGGGCCACGCCGAACGGGUCGGCGCGAGCACGCUGCCGCCGCCGGGGUGGGCGUGAGGGCGACGUGUCGGGCCGCGCCGGAGGGCUCGGCGCGAGCGGGACGCCGCCGGAGGGGUCGGCGGGAAGGCGAGCGCGCCGAAGGAAGCUCCGCUCCCACCUCAACUACAUCCUGGUGAACCUGGCGGUGGCCAACCUGCUCGUCAUCUGCGUGGGCUCCACCACCGCCUUCUACAGCUUCUCCCAGAUGUACUUCGCCCUGGGCCCCACCGCCUGCAAGAUCGAGGGCUUUGCCGCCACGCUGGGAGGCAUGGUGAGCCUGUGGUCGCUGGCGGUCGUGGCCUUCGAGCGCUUCCUGGUGAUCUGCAAGCCCCUGGGCAACUUCACCUUCCGCGGGACCCACGCCGUGCUGGGCUGCGCCGUCACCUGGAUCUUCGGCCUCAUCGCCUCCGCGCCCCCCCUCUUCGGCUGGAGCAGGUACAUCCCCGAGGGGCUGCAGUGCUCGUGCGGCCCCGACUGGUACACGACCAACAACAAGUGGAACAACGAGUCCUACGUCAUCUUCCUCUUCUGCUUCUGCUUCGGCGUGCCCCUGGCCAUCAUCAUCUUCUCCUACGGGCGCCUGCUGAUCACCCUGCGGGCGGUGGCCAAGCAGCAGGAGCAGUCGGCCACGACGCAGAAGGCGGAGCGGGAGGUGACCAAGAUGGUGGUGGUGAUGGUGCUGGGCUUCCUGGUGUGCUGGGCCCCCUACUCGGCCUUCGCCCUCUGGGUGGUGACGCACCGGGGGCAGCCCUUCGACGUGGGGCUGGCCUCCGUGCCCUCCGUCUUCUCCAAGUCCUCCACCGUCUACAACCCCGUCAUCUACGUCUUCAUGAACAAGCAGGUGGGCGCCGUGGGGCGCGCCGUGGGGCUGGGGUGUGGGGCGGGGACGUGGGGCUGGCCUCCGUGCCCUCCGUCUUCUCCAAGUCCUCCACCGUCUACAACCCCGUCAUCUACGUCUUCAUGAACAAGCAGGUGGGCGCCGUGGGGCGCGCCGUGGGGCUGGGGUGUGGGGCGGGGACGUGGGGCUGGCCUCCGUGCCCUCCGUCUUCUCCAAGUCCUCCACCGUCUACAACCCCGUCAUCUACGUCUUCAUGAACAAGCAGGUGGGCGCCGUGGGGCGCGCCGUGGGGCUGGGGUGUGGGGCGGGGACGUGGGGCUGGCCUCCGUGCCCUCCGUCUUCUCCAAGUCCUCCACCGUCUACAACCCCGUCAUCUACGUCUUCAUGAACAAGCAGGUGGGCGCCGUGGGGCGCGCCGUGGGGCUGGGGUGUGGGGCGGGGACGUGGGGCUGGCCUCCGUGCCCUCCGUCUUCUCCAAGUCCUCCACCGUCUACAACCCCGUCAUCUACGUCUUCAUGAA